AUGACAACAAAUUUAGAAGAGGCACUGAAACCUCAAAGCAUGCCUAGUGGCCCUAGAAACAUUUUACGAUCAAAUGAUUCUGCAAGCCUUUGGAAUUGUACCCUUUCACCAGGAUGGUCAAGAGAAGAAUGUGAUGUUUUUAGAAAAGCUUUAAUGAAAUUUGGUAUUGGGAAUUGGGCAAAAAUCAUUGAAUCACAAUGUUUACCAGGUAAAACAAAUGCUCAAAUGAACUUACAACUACAAAGAAUGUUGGGACAACAAAGUACAGCAGAAUUUGCAAGUUUACAUAUAGAUCCAUUGGUAAUCGGAGAAAAAAAUUCAAAGAUUCAAGGUCCUGACAUAAAACGCAAAAAUAAUUGUAUUGUAAAUACUGGAGAAGAAGAAUGGUUAAAGAUCGAACUACCUAAACCUGAAGAUCCAGAAUUAGAAUUACAAACAAAACGUGAAGAACUUCGUCGAUUACUAGAAGAAUUAGCAAAUGUACAAUCACAAAUCGCCACCAUAAAUCAAAAAAAUCAAGUAUCAAAAAAGGAGGAAGAAAUGCCCGAUUCCUUAUCUUCUGAUGAAACAACAACAAAACCUGCAAAAAAAAGUCGCACGUCUACAAAUAAUAAAAUAAGUAAAUCCACCGCUCAUUCAGAUUUAAAGACUUUUGAAUAUCAAUGGCAAUAG